AUGAGCCGCCGUAUAGGGGUUGUCAAAUCUCGAUCUGGGUGCAAAACCUGCAAAAUCCGACGAGUCAAAUGUGGUGAGGAAAAGCCGAAUUGCCUACGCUGCUCUAGCACAGGACGGAAAUGUGAAUAUGAGGGCAGAGGGACUUCUCCCUGGGCUCCCUCCACACCCUGCUACGCACUGUUGUCUCAAAACGCAGGACGACGAGAACGUCGUGCGUUUGAAUAUUACUUCCAGCAUGUGUCCCAAAAUCUCGCAGGUGGAAUGAAUGUAGAUUUCUGGACGGGGGUUGUUCCGCAGAUCUGCCGCAGCGAGCCCGCUGUGUGGGAUGCAAUGAUUGCAAUUAGCGCAUUGUAUGAAAAUCCGAAGCAGUGCAUGGACUUUCAUUUUUUGAAGGAUCGCCGAAAUAAAGCACAUUUGCUUGAUCAUGCCCAGCAGGAUGCAUUGACAUGGUAUUCGCGAUCAAUCUCUAGCGUUUCUUCGCAGAUCCAGCGAGGCAGCGCAGAUCCGUACAUUGCACUCAUCAGUUGCGCACUAUUUAUCUGCGUGGAGACAAUCCAAGGGCAUAUGGAACAGGCCUUGGAGCUCUACCGACAGGGUAUCACUUUGAUACUUGACCUCCGUGCCCAAAUCGGCCAUGAGGGAGUAUCUAGCAGUAAGGCUGUUCUGUUGGAACGCAGCAUUGCUCCCUUAUUCCUACGACUGGGCACAGGUUCUCUGACCAUUUCAGGGACCGAGUUUCCUAUUGGACUUUUUGCCUUUGUAGAAACAGACAUAAGCGCUGGCUUCGCAUCUGUCAAUUCCGCAAGAACCAUUAUGUCCGCCCUAGCCGCGGAAAUUGUCCUCUUUGAGCGCGAGGCGAACCUACACCUCAGGGAAGUUGGUGCAGAUUCCGCUGUAAGCCCGGAAAUGGUCGCGAAAAAAGAAGCGCUCCGAGCCCGUCUCACUGAAUGGCAUCAGGCAUACACCAAUAUUUGCCGAAGCCACAGCUCCGUACGCACUGUCCCCAUAUACCCAGAGCCUAUCCUGCUCACGUAUCAUGCUGCUGCCUUGAUUUGUUUGACGGGAUGCUUAAGGCAACAGGAAACAGUUUUCGAUGUCCAUUUUGCAGACUUUGUUACUAUUGUCGAGCAAUCUAGGUUGAUUCUCGAUGUCUCAGCGGGUCCAAAUGGUGCCCAGCCACCAUUCACCUUUGAAAUGAGUGUGGGUGUACCUCUCGCCAUGACUGUGUUGAGAUGUCGUGACCCAAACUUGCGGCGAAGGGCUUUAGAUCUAUUGCAACUAGCACCUCCGAUACAAGGAUUUUUCAAAUGCGCCCCCGUGGCUCUUUUGUCAGAGGUAUUGAUGAAGCUGGAAGAGGGCUAUAGCCUUGCCCAGGGGGAAGAGAAGACAGUAGCACUUUCUCACAAAGUUCUCCACAACAAUCCCACAACAACGAAUGAGGCAACCGGGUCACAAGCAGCAUUAAUUUCUGAAGAGGCUCGUAUACAUGACUAUAGUAUCUUCAGACGGAAUGAGUGGCAACCUCUGUGGAUCACCGAGGAAGAUCUUGCACCGUUUCCACGUGAUCCGAAUCAACUAUAUCUGGGAUUUUCAAGAAAUCAAUACGACAAGGAAAGCAGCACUUGGCGGCCAGUUUUUCAAUGCAUACCGUUAGAGGUCAGCUUUUGA